GCAGUAAAAGCGAAAAGGGCUCUGUGCUUGGAUGUCCAGAUUGUAAUCGUAUGGAAUUCACUGCUGCAGGCAAUUAAGAAGCUGGGUUUUUAAAGAUGCUGUCACUUCAUGUUCAACAUGACAGAAGUAGCUACCGUAUAUCUGCCGGGAUAAGACGAAAUAACUCGGUAUGGCUGUCAGAUAACUGUGGCCUGAAUUGUAAAGGAAGCUUUCCUUUCUGUAUUCACAGCCACCUGCGCAACUCUUUGUACUAAGAGUGUUUAAGAUAGUGGAUUUCCACAGCUUGAGCUAGCAUGGACAUGCGUGUGGUUCAUGCAAGAAGCUGUCAUCUUGCCAUAACCUUCUCCAUUAUUGUGCCACUUGAGUGACCUCUUCAUUGUGGGGCAGAAUCUUUCAGGGGUGAAUGUACGGUCAUCUUGCCAUAUCAUGCUGCAGGAUACCUGUUGAAACAUUCCCCUUGCUGUGAAUUUCUCUGAAUAGGAGCAAAUGAAGUAUGGAAAGGAGCAAAUGAAGCACAGAAAUGCACAAAUGCAGAAGUGAUCUUAGGGUCUUAAGGAAGAAAAAUUCUUUUGGAGGAAGGAAGAGUCACCUCACACUGACACACCAGCUCCCCCUUGGCUGGCUGGCUUAUUUUGGGCAUUUAUGUACAGCUUUUCAGGCAAACCUCCUAAAGCAGCUUGUAUAAAAACAUCAAUAAAUAACCAUACAAAAAGCAACCUGUUUAUAUCUUUAUAUGUUGUGCUCUUUAGGUUUGUCUCUUUUCUCUCCUUCCCUCAGAGCAAGAUGGCAGUUGGUGGUGGCAGUUGAGGGAAAGAGGGGCCACAUCAGCUAGAACAUAGGAACUGGAUGGUGGGAGCUCCCCCAGGCUGCGUCUGUCUCUUCUUUUCUCCCCUCAGAGCAUGUUGGUCCCUGCCUGGUUGCUCUGUGAAGAAUAUGUGCUAUCUUAAACACUCUUAUGACUUCCCCAUCAGGGUAUGUCAUGGCCAGGAAUGCCCCACUUUCCUGGACUUCUGGACUGAUUGUCAGUGAUCUGCUUGAUGAAAGACUAGGCCAGCUAGAAUUUAUCAUCAUAACCUCAAAUGCACAGCAAUACAUUGCUCUUCAGAUUGUAACACCUUGCAUUGCAGUGAAGGAUGGAGGGACAGCUCUGCUAGCUGCUUGUCAGUAUGGGCACAUGAAAGUGGUGGAAACCUUACUGAAGCAUGGUGCCAACAUUCAUGAUCAGCUUUAUGAUGGAGCUACUGCUCUUUUUCUGGCUGCCCAAGGUGGUUUCCUGGAUUUAAUUCGGUUAUUAUUGUCUUCAGGAGCAAAGGUCAACCAGCCAAGGCAGGACGGGACAGCUCCAUUGUGGAUAGCUUCUCAGAUGGGUCACAGUGAGGUAGUACGAGUAAUGCUGCUCCGAGGAGCAGACAGAGAUGCUGCAAGAAAUGAUGGCACAACUGCUUUACUUAAAGCUGCAAACAAAGGAUAUAGUAGUGUUAUAGAGGAAUUACUUAAAUUCUCCCCUGCACUGGGCUUACUGAAGAAUGGGACAUCAGCUCUCCAUGCUGCAGUUGUUGGUGGCAAUAUCAGAGCAGUAGCGCUACUCUUGGAAGCAGGAGCGGAUCCAUUUCUUAGGAACAAGAAAAAUGAACUGCCUUCAGAUCUAACAAAAAAUGAGCGCAUCCUACGGCUCCUGCAGGCCAGAGAAAAGCACACAAAGAGCUAAUCCAACGUUUCGUGCUUGAGAGAGAACUGAUGAGCCCUACCAAUGCUAGCCCUCAAGCAAAGCUCGUAUUCCUGCAGAACUGGAAAUGUGUUGCUGAGACUCAAGCAUGUCUUGACUCCUACUCUGUGAAUGAGGUCAGGGUUCUUCAUGUAGUGGCACUGCGAAGGCUUCAGUCUUGUGCCACUAAACUCAUAACUGGUUUCUGUUGCCAGCUUCAGUGCAGGGAGGACUGGGUCCCUAACAUAGCUUUCCCGAAUUAACAGCCCUUUCUGUACCAGAGAAAUUGUCCCCUUUUGCUGUAGCAUUAUCUGUUGCUUGUAGUAAGCCUCCUGAUCCUUCUCAGGUAUUCCACAGGCCUUUACAGUAGGCAUGUGCCCGAAACGUUUUGGAGGCCAUUAUGAAGGCCUUCGAAACGUUUCGGCGCUGGGGGCGGUUUCGGCGCUGG